AUGGUUCCUCACGCUGAGGACAAGGUACCUCUCACUGAGGACAAGGUACCUCACACUGAGGACAAGGUUCCUCACGCUGAGGACAAGGUUCCUCACGGUGAGGACAAGGUACCUCACACUUAGGACAAGGUACCUCACACUGAGGACAAGGAUCCUCACGCUGAGGACAAGGUUCCUCAAGCCGAGGACAAGGUUCCUCACGGUGAGGACAAGGUACCUCAAGCUGAGGACAAAGUUCCUCACACUGAGGACAAGGUACCUCACAUUGAGGACAAGGUUCCUCACUCUGAGGACAAGGUUCCUCAAGCUGAGGACAAAGUACCUCACACUGAGGACAAAGUACCUCACAUUGAGGACCAGGAUCCUCACGCUGAGGACAAGGUUCCUCAAACUGCGGACAAAAUUCCUCACACUGAGGACAAGGUAUCUCACACUGAGGACAAGGCUUCUCGCUCUGAGGACAAGGUUCCUCACGCUGAGGACAAAGUUUCUCACGCUGAGGACAAGGUCGCUCACGCUGAGGAGAAGGUUCCUCAAGCUGAGGACAAAGUACCUCACACUGAGGACAAGGUACAUCACACUGAGGACAAGGAUCCUCACGCUGAGGACAAGGUUACUCGAGCUGAGGACAAAGUUCCUCACACUGAGGACAACGUACCUCACACUGAGGACAAGGUUCCUCACUCUGAGGACAAGGUUCCUCACGCUGAGGACAAAGUUUCUUACCCUGAGGACAAAGUCCCUCACGCUGAGGACAAGGUUCCUCAAGCUGAGGACAAAGUACCUCACACUGAGGAGAAAGUACCCCACGCUGAGUACAAGGUUCCUCACUCUGAGAACAAGCUUCCUGACGGUGAGGACAAGGUUCCUCACGGUGAGGACAAGGUUCCUCACGCAGAGGACAAGAUUCCUCACGCAGAGGACAAGGUUCCUCACGCUGAGGACAAGGUGCUUCACACUGAGGACUAGAUUCCUCACGCUGAGGACAAGGUACCUCACACUGAGGACAAGGUUCCUCACGCUGAGGACAAGGUUCCUCAAGAUGAGGACAAGGUACCUCACACUGAGGACAAGGUAUGUCACAGUGUGGACAAGGUUCCUCACGGUGAGGACAAGGUACCUCACAUUGAGGUCAAGGUACCUCACACUGAGGACAAGGUACCUCACAGUGAGGACAAGGUUCCUCACGCUCAAGACAAGGUUCCUGACGGCGAGGACAAGGUUCCUCACGCUGAGGACAAUGUUCCUCACGCAGAGGACAAGUUUCCUCAGGCAGACGAGAAGGUACCUCACACUGAGGACAAGGUACCUCACACUGAGGACAAGGUACGCCACAGUGAGGACAAAGUUCCUCACGCUGAGGACGAGGUACCUCACACUGAGGUCAAGGUACCUCACACUGAGGACAAGGUUCCUCAUGCUGAGGACAAGGUUCCUCAAGCUGAGGACAAGAUACCUCACACUGAGGACAAGUUUCCUCAAGCUGAGGACAAGUUACGUCACACUGAAGACAAGUUACGUCACACUGAAGAGAAGGUACCUCACACUGAGGACACGGUUCCUCACUCUGAGGACAAGUUUCCUCACGCUGAGGACAAGGUUGCUCACGCUGAGGCCAAGGUUCCUCACGCUGAGGGAAAGUUCCUCACGCUGAGGAAAAGGUACCUCACUCUGAGAACAAGGUACUUCACGAUGAGGACAAGGUUCCUCACGCUGGGGACAAGCUUCCUCAAGCUGAGGAAAAGGUACCUCACACUGCGGACAAGGUACCUCACACUGAGGACAAGGUUCCUCAUGCUGAGGACAAGGCUCAUGACGGCGAGAACAAGGUUCCUCACGCUGAGGACAAUGUUCCUCACGCUGAGGACAAGUUUCUUCACGCAGACGACAAGGUUCCUCACGCUGAGGACAAGGUACCUCACACUGAGGAAAAGCUUCCUCAAAUCGAGGAAGAGGUACCUCACACUGAGGACAAGAUUCCUCAAGCUGAGGACAAGGUACCUCACACUGAUGACAAGGCUCCUCACGCUGAGUACAAGGUACCUCACGCUGAAGACAAGGUACCUCACACUGAGGACAAGGGAAGCCACAGUGAGGACAAGGUUCUUCACGCUGAGGAGAAGGUUCCUCACGCUGAGGACAAGGUACCCCACACUGAAGACAAGGUACCUCACACUGAGGAUCAGGUCCCUUACACUGAGAACAAGGUUCCUCACGCUGAGGACAAGGUUCCUCACGCAGAGGAGAAGGUACCUCACAGUGAGGACCAGGUCCUUCUCACUGAGGACAAGAUUCCUCCCGCUGAGGACAAGGUUCCUCACGCUGAGGACAUCGUACCUCACACUGAGGACAAUGUUCCUCAAGCUGAGGACACGGUACCUCACCCUGAGGACAAGAUACCUCACACGGAGGACAAGGUUCCUCUCGCUUGGGACAAGGUUCCUCACGCUGAGGACAAGGUUCCUCACGCUGAGGACAAGGUUCCUCAGGCUGAGGACAAGGUACCUCACACUGAGUACAAGUUACCUCAAAAUGAAGACAAGGUUCCUCAUGCUUAGGACAAGGUUCCUCAAGCUGAAGACAAGGUACCCCACAGUGAGGACAAGGUACCUCACAGUGAGAACAAAGUUCCUCACGCUGAGGUCGUAGUAUCUUCUUUGUGCGAAGAAAUACGGCUAUUACUUUCUUCAACUGAUGCCAUGAGGAAAUGGAGUGAAUCAAUUGGUUCGUAG